AUGGCAAAAGUUUUGAUUUUAAUAAGAGCAAUUCAACUAUUAAUAAUUCUUGGAAUAAUAGCACUCUUUGGUUUUAAUUUAAAACGCAAUAUUGAUAAUUUAAAUGUGGUAACUCAAUCGCUUGGAGUAAUUACCAAUACUUCUUUGGUUCCUCCAGCAAUAACAUUAUGCCUUACGGAAGAAAUUGGUUACAGUUUUAGUAUAUCAAUUUACGGGAAUGUUGUUAAUCAAGGAGAAAAUAAAGAAUAUUUAGAUACUUAUCCUUCUGAUAAUGAAAUCUUAGUUAAUUUAACAGGUGUUGUGGAUAAGUGUUGGAUUCUUUCUUCACCUAAUAAAGAUGCAAUAAUUCUAAAUCCUCCACCGGUGAACAAUGUGCCUGAUAUGAACUUAACUUAUACAAGAAAUAGACCUAACAAUUCUAAUUCUACUGCACCAAUAUUAAUAAAUAUAUUUGAUCCACUUGAAUUAUCAACAAAUUUCAAAUAUAAUCGAUUUUUAAGAUUGGAUCCCGAUGUUAAUAGGGUAGUCUUCUUCUCGAGAACUCAAUAUAAAGAUAUAUAUGGCAAUAUUACAAACGAUGUUGUUUAUAAUAUAGUAAAUGAAUUUAGAGACCCAACACCUUCCACAGGUAAUGCUACUAGCAGUAUCAUCAUUCGCCCAACCGUGACAACUGAUGUCAUAAAUACUACUUGGUGGACGGUCUUAAUAAAUAGUUUUACAUUAAUUGGUGUAUUAUUUUCAAGCAUUUAUUUUCCUCUGAUUGGUGCUGGAAAAUUUAGACCUUGGGGUUUUCUUUAUGUUCUAUUUAAUUAUUACCCUGUAAAAGAAAUAACGAAAAUUGAAGAAGAAGGACGAUUAUCAAAAGGAGAAGAUGACACUAAUUCAUCUAGACCUGGAAUAUCUGAAGUACUAAGACUUUAUUUAGAUAAAAUAGAAAUUGCGCAAUAUAAACGUUAA